AUGUCCACAGCCGUCUCUCGCAAGCGAAAGGGUAAGGAGAAGGAGCACAAAGUCACGGCGGCAUUGCCUUUGGGGAAGCAGCUCGCUCACACCGACAAGCAUGUUCGAGAUGGUGCAAUAGCGAAUCUGGUGGCUUUUCUGUCCAGAGGGGCACCCUCAGAUCCAUAUGAGGAUGCCAAUGAAAGCUCUGAAGACGGUAGAACAGGAGAAAGAUCAUACGUGCCUCUGAAUGUGGAGGAAAUGGACAAAUUAUGGAAAGGAUUAUUUUACUGUUUCUGGAUGUCAGACAAGCCAUUAGUUCAGCAGGCUCUGGCUCGUGAUCUAGCAGAACUGGUGCUUCUCAUUCGACCGGAGAAGGACGAGGAUAGAUUUUCCGCUGCCGUGGACUUCCUCGCCGGCUUCUGGAGGGCAAUCGUCAGAGAGUGGGAGGGCAUAGACCGUUUGAGGAUCGACAAAUUCUAUCUUCUCCUGAGAAGGUAUACCAUUGUCACGUUUCGCCUGCUGGCUCGUGAACAGUGGUCAUCCUCUUCAAUCGAAAGCGUCAACACUCUGCUCAGUAAAGGAAAAGGGCCAAUCUCGUAUGAGGACAAAUCCGUUGCUAGCAGCAUAGCCACUCAUCUGGCCGACGUGUUCCUCGAUGAGCUUGACCAGACACUCUCGUUACCGGAAGUGUCCUCACAGCCACCAUGUCCCCUCAUAUCCCUGCUACAGCCACACAUCGACCUCCUCGCUCAUACACCAACCCAGACUGUCCAUACUCGCGUGAUGUCCACCCUCUUCCAGCCCCUACUCGACGCCCUACACGCUGCUUCGCCAGAUCCAGAGGAAGCCGAACGUCCGCGAAAGAAGAGGAAGGACGAACCGAUGUACGCUCAUAUCAUCAUGGAGUGCUCGGUCGAUGGGAACAACAAAGCCUCGUCAGUACAGCUACGGAAAGCACUUCUACAAGCGUUGUUCCACGCUGCCUCACAGGAAGACGCACUGGACGUCAAUAGGAGAAAGAUUUACAAGGUCUGCCGAGAGGAAGGAGGGGAUGACGAAGAUUAG